CUCCAACCAAUCCCUCCUCUUCCCCUCCUGGCUCCCGCGGUUCCUCCUCCUCGUCUCCGGCAAUUCGAGGAUACUUCUCGCCGUGGUGGGACCAAGAGAUCAGCCGUCAGGUGAGUCGGGAGGAGCGGCUGCCCGCGGGCGGGAGAGGAGAUGAUCACGCGAGCCAAGCUCGUGGAGCAGCUGCGGGAGCACCAGAUCCGGUCGGCCCAGUCCUACUCCUCCGCGCUCGCCGUCUUUUCGCCCAGCCCCCACAUCGCCUCCAGAAAGGAUCUCAAGGUUGCUCUCAUCUAUGCAGUCUUGUUUUGUUUUCUCAUGGUGACCUGCUAUGUUGCCCUUUACUUGAAAUGGUUCAAACUUUCAGCCAUGUUUGUAAUUUUCGGAAUUCUGCUUCCAGUGAGUCUCAAAAUCUCUAGGCAUAGAAGGCUCAAGAGGAAAAGAGAAAGGAGAUUACUGUUACCACUGUCCAUGUGAAUAUGUUUCUAUAUCAUGUAACAUUUCAGUAAAGUUGCUCAACUACAGAUAGGAAAUUCCCGGCAGAUUAACUCAAUUCACAGCCCCAGGUUACACUUUCCAGUUUCCAGAA